GAGGCUCGGAAAGAGAACGAGACGGAGACAGAGAGAGAAGGGGCGCAAACCUCUCUCCCUUCUCCUCCUCUUCUACCUUUUCCCUCCUCGAGGCGGAGGAGGGCAGCCUGAAGGGAGAAGCCGCGUCUUCUAACAUCCGUGGAUACUUGGUGAAUUUGCAACUGUUGGGGCCUGGGCUUUCUGUGCUUGGUGCGUCCGUUGCCCGAGGAAAUGGCGUCGGAGGGGUUUCUUUCGUUAUCGGUGGUGGAGGACGUGCUGAAGCAGCAUGGGACGAUGAUGAGCGACAUCGACCUGGCCUCUAGGAAGGAGGAGGAAGCAGCAACGAGACGGUACGAGGCAGCCGGAUGGCUGAGGAGGAUGGUUGGGGUUGUUGGUGCGAGAGAUUUGCCAGAAGAGCCUACUGAGGAGGAAUUCCGGCUUGGGCUGAGAAACGGGAUUGUUCUUUGCAAUGCACUCAACAAAGUUCAACCUGGUGCUGUGCCCAAGGUGGUAGAAGCUCCUGUGGAUCCAACUCUCCUUCCAGAUGGUGCUGCUCUGUCAGCAUAUCAGUACUUCGAGAAUUUGAGGAACUUCCUUGAUGCCCUGGAAGAGUUGGGUCUCCCAACAUUUGAGGCGUCCGAUCUAGAACGAGGUGGUAAAGGCUCUCGGGUCGUGAACUGUGUUUUAGCUCUUAAAUCCUAUGGUGAGCAUAAAGAAGGAGGCAGAAAUGGUUCCUGCAAGUAUGGUGGGGUUUUGAAACCUUCAAGCUGUGGUAAACAUUUUGCAAGGAGAAACUUUGAACCUUUCAUGAAUUCCCUUGCAAGAAAUCAAUCAGCUGACAAAAUCCAGGACAGUGUAUCGGUGGAAGAGAACUUGAGCAUUGAUUUUUCAUUAGAAUCCACUGAAAUGACAUCACAUUCUCUGAAUAUGCUUGUGCGCACCAUUCUGUCAAAUAAGAAGCCCGAAGAAGUUCCAUCGCUUGUAGAGUCAAUGUUAAGCAAAGUAAUGCAAGAAUUCGAGUGUCGGAUUGCAAGCCAAAAUGAUCUGGUUACAACAACUGCAAAGGAUCAAACUGAUGGAACAAUAUCCUUAUCUGAAGAAAACAAUUUCCCAGAGACUUCAUCCGGUUGUUGUGAAAUAGAGAUGGUGAAGGCAGAGAGCACUUCUCCAAGUUUAAAAGAUGAGAGUUUUAGUAUGAGCUUGAAGGAUGGAGAGACAUCAAAUACCAAGCUCCUAAAGCAAGGCCUACUUUUUGAUGGACACACAUCAAGUACCAAGCUCCUAAAGCAAGGCCUACUUUUUGAUAGACAAAAAACAGAAAUUCAGGAACUGAAAGAUGCACUUGUAACCACUAGAGCUGGUAUAGAAUUGAUGAAAACUGAAUAUUCUGAGGAAUUAAGUAAUCUCGGGAAGCAUAUGAGGAUCCUAGCUCAUGCAAUUCAAGGAUAUCAUAAAAUACUCGAGGAAAAUAGAAAGUUAUACAAUCAAGUGCAGGAUCUUAAAGGGAACAUUAGGGUGUAUUGCCGUGUCAGGCCUUUCUUGCCUGGGCAGUCUAAUCUGAGCACUGUUGGUCAUAUUGAUGAUGGAAGUAUUACAAUUCUUACCCCUCCAAAAUAUGGGAAAGAAGGGCAUAAAUCUUUUACCUUCAACAAAGUAUUUGGCCCAUUUGCUACUCAAGAGGAGGUUUUUUCUGACACACAACCUUUGAUCCGUUCUGUUCUUGAUGGUUACAACGUUUGCAUCUUUGCAUAUGGACAAACUGGAGCAGGAAAAACGUAUACAAUGAGUGGACCUAAGGUACUCACGGAACAGAGUUUUGGAGUGAACUAUAGGGCAUUAAAUGACUUAUUCCAUAUCUCAAAGGAGAGAAAAGACACAUUUUGUUAUGAAAUUUCUGUUCAGAUGAUUGAGAUAUACAACGAGCAAGUAAGAGAUCUCCUUGCUAGUGACGGCCCUCACAAAAGAUUAGAUAUCCGUAAUAGUUCUCAGACAGGAUUUGCUGUGCCUGAUGCAAACUCGGUUCCUGUCACAUCAACAACUGAGGUUAUUGAGCUAAUGGAUAUUGGUCAAAAAAAUCGUGCUGUUAGUGCAACCUCCAUGAAUGACCGUAGCAGUCGCUCUCACAGUUGCUUGACAAUUCAUGUUCAAGGAAGAGAGUUGGCAUCUGGGGUUGUUGUUAGAGGAUGUAUGCAUUUAGUUGAUCUGGCAGGUAGUGAGAGAGUUAAUAAAUCUGAAGUUAAAGGAGACAGGCUAAAAGAAGCACAGCAUAUUAACAAAUCACUAGCAGCUUUAGGAGAUGUGAUAUCUGCCCUUGCUCAGAAGAGUUCACAUAUUCCUUAUAGGAAUAGCAAACUUACACAACUACUUCAAGAUUCUCUAGGAGGGCAAGCUAAAACAUUGAUGUUUGUCCACAUAAGCCCUGAGGUUGAUGCAGUAAGUGAGACACUAAGCACACUCAAGUUUGCUGAACGGGUUGCAAUGGUCGAGCUUGGUGCAGCUCAGGUAAACAAAGAUAAUGGGGAAGUCAAGGAGCUCAGGCUGCAGGUAGCUAGCCUUAAAGCAGCAUUAGCUAAGAAAGAAGGUGAGCACUUGCGUAGUGCAAUGUCUAGCCCUGAUAUAUACGGGAUGAAAUCUGGUGCAACAUCUCCUGCACAUCCAAACCAUAUGCAGACGAUGGAGGAUUUUGGAAACAUAGAGGUGCGGAGCUGUUCAGCACUCAUGCAGGAGCGAGCAGAUAUGGAUCUCCAAGACCUUUUGACAGCGUCAGAUUCUUCUUCUUGGCCAGAAAGAUAUCCCAAACUUUUGAAGUUUGGAAGCAAAGAAACGGGUGAGGAUGUCAUCCAGAACGAGGAUGCCCUGAGUGCCUGGGAAGGAGAUAACCCACAUGUGCCAGAUUCAUUUUACCAGGGAUAUAUUCCUGAUGUGAGAGCCUUCGGGGAUCAGCACAGAAGUCGGGCUAAUUGUAUAGCAACUGAGGACUUGGAUGAUUUGGAUUUUGCAACAAGUGAAUCUUCAGAGCAAGAUGUGCUAUCGCAGUCCAAUCUCCCAAAAAGUAGCAAUGCAGUCGAUAGGAUCAAGCGGCCUCAGUCAGGUUCAGUGAAGAGCUCCGACGUAAGGUCAGCAAGUCGCAGCCACUUGCCAUCUCCAUCGAGGAAAAUAUCGAAUGCGCCUGGCCAAACAGUGAGCCGCUCCACUAGACAGCCAAUCUCAGGUGGCAUCGAUGGGAAACGAAGGCCCAAUGCGAAAACGGGAAGCAGAAAGUAGACUGAUGGUAGAAUGCAUGGCUGGAGAUUUCCUGGUUUUUCUCUUGAUAUUAAUGGCAGGAGAGAUUGAGAGCUCUUCACUCAUGUUCGUCGGUAGCUGCUAACUCCAGCUGGUCGUGUCUGUCUACACGGUGGUCAUCUCGGUCUAUGCACAAGGCUAGUCUUUCUAUCUAUCUAUCUAUCUAUCGAUCUGUUGAAGGGGUUGGAUCCAUUGGCCAAUCAGUUCAUUUGCCUUGCGUGCACUCCGAACAAGAAGUGAAGGGAUGGAUGAGGAACCAGAAAAAGGUUAGAGAGAAGAAGAAAAUGAAAACAAGAUGUGGUGCAUAUAGUAACUUUUUUUCUAUCUAUUUUUCUUCAGUCUUUUAUUGUUGUUGUUGAUAUUAUUAUUGUGAGAGAGACCUCUCCUCUCCUAGUCUUGUGAAUGUUUGUGUUGGGUGGUGGACGAUCAAGAUCACCAAGCCUUCAUGAUAUUUGACUUUAUGUCGAAUCAUUUUUCAUCCCAUUGGAAUGGACUGAAAAUUAAAAUAUCAUUUUGGAGUG